CAUCGAAGUUGUGUCAAUCCCGGGAAAAUCAUUCACAAAGGAAAUGCCGGCGAUAUCACUGUCCAGCUCACUUCAUUUUCCUGCCAAUUUACUGGAGAAAUUAGAAACUCAGUUUUUCAGAAAGAGUUGUCUACAGUUUAAGUCCAAUCAAAAUUUGCAAUCGGUCUUAUUAUUUAAGGAGAAGAAGAGUUUCAUUUCAGUUUUAGCAAAGGGCACAUUUAAGAAAAAUCAAGAGUGUACUGCCGAUCUCAAGAACCGAAAGGGUUGGAUUCAUUUUGUAGGUGUUGGUGGUUGUGGAUUGUCUGCUCUCGCCGUGCUUGCUCUCAAACAGGGUUUUGAGGUUAGUGGUUCUGAUUUGAUGUGGAGCAGCUACAUGGAUGGACUGCAGGCAGCCGGGGCAUGUUUGCAUAUCGGCCAUUCUAUAUCGAAUAUUCAGAGGAAUAAUGAGUCAAGGUUUCCAGAUGCACUUGUUAUUUCAAGUGCAAUUCCACAAGAUAAUGUGGAGAUUUUACAUGCGAAAUCUGUUGGAGUACCCGUCUACAAGCGAGAUUAUUGGUUGGCAAAGUUAACAGAGAACUUCAAUCUUGUUGCUGUUAGUGGUAGUCAUGGGAAAAGCACAACCACAAGUAUGCUUGCUUAUGUUUUGAAGGCAAUCGGAGAUGAUCUCACAGCUGUGGUUGGAGCACAUGUGCCACAAUUUCCAGAUGGAAAUAUAAUUUCAGGUGGUGGCCAAAAUUUUAUUCUGGAGGCCGAUGAAUAUGAUGGUUGUUUCCUGGGCUUAUCGCCACAUGUAGCUAUUGUAACAAAUCUUGACUGGGAGCAUGUUGAUAUCUUUGAAGAUGAGGAGGCUGUCAAAAGUAUUUUCAAACAGUUCCUGAAGCAAAUCAAGAAGGGUGGAUAUCUCAUUAUAUGUGGAGAUAGUGUAGGUGCACGUUCCUUGCUGAAUGGAACAAAACAAGUUAUUGGAUCAGAGCAUUCUUGUCGUCUGCCGUCAAAUCCUAGUACAGAUCUUUGUGAAAAUAAUUACAGAGUAAUAACUUAUGGAAUUUCAAGUACUAAUGAAUGGCAUGCAGAAUCAGUUCAUCCAAACUCACUGGGUGGUAGUGACUAUAUACUGUGCUGUAGAGGGUGUCCAUUAGCAGAUAUCAGUCUACAGAUUCCAGGAGUCUAUAAUGUAUUGAAUUCAUUAGCAGUUAUUGCAACAGUGCUAACGUUAGUAGGUGACCAAGGGCAAUUAAAGGAAUCAAUUGAUUGUUUAAAGUUGCACUUGGGCAAAUUUAGAGGAAUAUCUAGACGUUUUGAGAUGGUUGGAACAAUAUACGGAUGCCACAUAUAUGAUGAUUAUGCCCACCAUCCAACAGAAGUUCGUGCAGUUCUUCAAGCAGCACGUCAAAAUUUUCCAGAAAAGACCCUUCUUGUGGUAUUCCAGCCUCAUACUUACAGUCGCUUGGUAGCUUUGAAGGAUGACUUUGCCACUGCAUUUAGUGAUGCAGAUAAAGUUGUGAUUACGGAGGUCUAUGCUGCCAGAGAAAGAAACGGUUGGAAUAUUAGUGGAAGGGAUUUAGCUGCUUCAAUAAUUAGCCCGUCAACUGAGUAUAUCUCCUCUCUGGGGAAUGUGGUUGAUAAGCUAACGGUUCAGAUAUUCAAGGACCCUCAUCAUGAAAUUGUCAUUUUAACACUUGGAGCAGGUGAUAUUAACACUGUGGGUCCUAAAUUGCUCCAAGAAUUGCAAAAUAGAUUACAAAAUGUCACCGAUUUACAUGAGAACUCAAGCUCCCGGAAUGCCGACAAAAUCAGUUGUAUAGUCUAGAUUUUGGUUUGAUGGACAUACAAUGUAAUCAAUAGAAAGUUGACGAUACCGGUGGUGCAUUCCGUUUUACGCUACAAGGAUUUGUGGCUAAGGUAGAAAGAUGAAAGUGGACGACAAAGUAGUACCCCAGUGAAAAUUGAAGCUUCUCUGCCUGUUACUGCCCUUCUACAAAGUGUAAUUCAGUCAUGAGGCAAUGCUAAAAGGUUUUAGCCCAAAUACCAGGGCUUCAAGUAACUAAAUGUUCUGAAUAAAUCACGAAAAUGGUAGGACUUCCAGUAAACCUUAAUGAACUGAAUACAAGCAUACUGCAUACAUCAAGACAUGCAGGAGCUCUUUAGAAACAUAAAAAAUAUUCCUGUAAGAUUUUGCAAAAGGGAAAGAAGCCAUGGCAUUCUGUGUGGCAUAUGGGCUUCAAAAUUGCAGUGUCCCUUGAGAGGAAAUGAUAAUGCAUCAACCAAGAAGAUGGCUUUCAUGAAAAUAUCACCUCAGGAUAUUUUCAGCCAUGACAGCAAGUAGCAGAUUGAAGUUAGAAAAUCAUGAGGAAUUUAGCAGGGCGUGUAAAUGAAAACUUUAUAUCUCUCCAUUGCAUGACAAUCAACUGGAGUAAAAUGCUAGCAUACCAAAAUAGCUCACGUAUAAGCAUCGCUGAAAAGGGAUUGGCGAUGACAUACCAAAACCGCUCAUCAAAUGAAAAAAUAUGAAGCAACUAAUCUAAUAGUUGAACUGAUCCCUGGUUUAUUGUAGCAUGGUAUCAAAAGCAAAAGCAAAAGCAUCCCAUUAUAAGCACCAUUGAUCCAAAAUCAUAACCAACCAUUUUCAAAAACUUAAACAAACAAAACAAAUGACAACUAGGUUAACCUCCAGAUUCACCCGUCAAAUUCAAAUCAUAUAUAUACAAUGAUCAACUAAUUAGCAUAUUCACCAAAUCUGAGAAAAAUCUGUCAAUCUUAUAUUAUCCACAUCUCAAUCAACCACAAAACAAGCUGGAAACCCAGAAGGAAUAU